AUGAAAGACCUUGGUAAAGCAAAAGUCUGCAUUGGUCUUGAAAUUGAAAGGGAUCGCACCGCCAAGACGUUGAGUCUCACUCAAACUAAGUAUGCAUCAAAAGUGCUUGAGCGUUUUGGAAUGUCAACGUGUAACCCCUCUCUGACUCCACUGGAACAAGGUCACACAACCACGAUUUCAACCGAAAACGACUCCGAAACAAAUGCACCGUAUCGUGAGGCAGUGGGAUCCCUGAUGUACUUGAUGGUUGGCACUCGCCCAGACUUGGCAUAUGGGAUUGGAAAGCUUUCUCAACAUUCUGCCAACCCAUGUGAGUCACACUGGGCAGGUGUGAAACGGGUAAUGCGAUACGUGCAAGGGACUCGAAACUUAGGAAUCGUGUUUGACAAUAAAUCUAAAUCGCCAGAGUUGUUCGGCUUCAGUGAUGCUGACUGGGCCGGUUGUUCAGACUCUCGCAAGUCGACCAGCGGAUAUGUUUUCAAGUUCUGCGGUGGAGCGAUCAGUUGA